AUGCUGGCAGCUUAUGCCACGCAAGGGCAUCUGGAGGAGGCAAGGACAGUGUUUGAAGCUAUGCCAGAAAGGAAUCAAGUGACAUGGACGUCCAUGCUGGCAGCUUAUGCCGGAAUGUUUUACGUGGAGCAUGCCAAGCAGGUCUUUGACGCCAUGCCCGAGCAAGACGUGGUCGCAUAUAACGCAAUGGUUGCGGUAUAUGCCCAUAACCGGCAUUUGGAGGAAGCAAAGCUUAUGUUUGAUUCAAUGUCGCAGCGAGACCUAAUCUCGUGGAGCGUUAUGGUUGUGGCGUAUACCCAAUAUGGGCAUAUAGAUCUCGGCAGGAGGAUCUUCGAUCGGAUGCCUUCUCAGGACAUGAUCUCUCAAAGUGGAAUGCUGGCUGCUUACGCAUAUACUGGCAGUCCAAGCAGCGCAUUUGAUCUCUUCGACGAGAUGAGACUGAUCGAUCCGCCCGACGAGAGCUGCAUUGCAUCGCUGCUCAUUGCGUGCAGCCGCCUGGGAAGAGUUUUCGAUGCUCGAUGCUGGAUGACCUCGACGAAGUUUGACUAUGGGAGGAGCCCAACAAAGCAGCACUACACUUGCAUGGUGGAUGUUCUUGGGCGAUCUGGGUAUCUCACAGAUGCGAGGGAUCUCUUAGAUUCCAUGCCUUUUAUGCCUGAUACUUUGGAGUGGACGUGCUUUCUCUCAGCGUGUUUCGAUCACAACCAACUGGAAUUUGGAGUAGAAGCGGCCAAGAACGUUCUAAACUCCUUCCCAAAACAUGGGGCUUUGUAUGUGCUGCUCUCCAAUUCCUUGCAAGGAAAGGCGUUGACUGGAUUGACUAGACUUGACCGUUGA